AUGGCAGUUGCAACAACAUAUCAAUUUAAUUAUGAUUUGACAACGAGCAAUAACAAUAUUCAACAGCAGCGAAAUAUUUAUUUAACGAUUGACGAUUACAUGGCUGAUAUUAGUUGUCCAUUAUUGGACGUCGAAGAGAUGCUUUUACAACAACGAGGAUGUCGAGAAGCAAGUUUCUCUAUGCAUUAUAAAGCAAAGCUAACAAAUCGUUUGCUCAUGAACGAAGUGCCAUUUAGUGGAAUGGAUAAAAGCGGUCGAGGCGUAUGUCUUCGAAAUGAAAAAGGCACUUGUGUUAUGGGUGCACACUGUCCUCUUCGUCAUAUUGUUGGUGAUAAGGCAGUUGUCUGUAAACACUGGCUACGAGGCUUAUGCAAAAAGGGUGAUCAAUGUGAAUUUUUGCACGAAUAUGAUUUAAGCAAAAUGCCUGAAUGUUUUUUUUUCUCAAAAUAUAUGGCUUGCAGUAAUCGAGAAUGCCCUUUUCGUCAUAUUGAUCCAGAGAGUAAAAUAAAAGAUUGUCCAUGGUAUGACCGUGGCUUUUGUCGUCACGGUCCUUUUUGUAAAAAUCGGCAUAGGAGACGCGUAUUAUGCCCAAAUUAUUUGGCCGGCUUCUGCUUGGAAGGCCAUUUAUGCAAAUAUGCUCAUCCAUCAUUUAAUAUACCUCCGCUUGAUGCAUCAGCACUUUUGCGCACUCGUGGGCAUUAUAACAUGGGCAUUAUUUGCCACAAUUGUCAUGAAAGAGGGCAUAAGGCCACAUUUUGUCCUCAUUUGCCUACGCAGACACAACCAUCUGUUGCUGAACCGGUUCGAGUGCAAUCUUCCACUGAUUCAACACAGCCAAAUCUAGCAGAUAACAAACAUUUUCAGAAAGCUCUUUCUGAUGUGACUUGCUAUAAGUGCGGUGAAAAAGGCCACUAUGCCAACAGAUGCCACAAAGGGGUUCUAGCUUUCUUAUCGAAUACAGCUCAUUUGGCUCAAGAACAACGAGAAAAAGAUGAAAAAGAGGCUCGGUUGGUUAUAAAUAUUGUUCUAAUCAAAUAUCCUCUACAAGCUUUCUAUGGGGGAUUUGGUAAUCGCCCACAACCACCUUCACAGCCACAAGUAUUGACAUCAAAUAAUAAACCUGGCGAAAUGCUUAGUGGUGAAAAUCAUGCCAUAGUUGAUAAUGAGAAUUCGAAAGUCGUAGAAAAGUUGGUCAAAUCUACAAAGAUAGAAAUAGCUGAAGUUGAUGGAACUGCAAAGAAUGUUACUGGAGGCUACAAGAUUCAACUUAAAUCGCUCAGUCCCUAUAUAACUUGUCCAAUUUGUCACGGGUACUUCAUUGAGGCGACAACAGUCACCGAAUGUUUGCAUACAUUUUGCAAAUCAUGUUUGCUGAAACAUUUUGAAGACGAAAAUAAUUGUUGUCCGAAGUGUAAUGGCCUCAUUCACCAAAGUCAUCCUUCUCAUUAUGUAAGUUUUGAUCGAACAAUGCAAGAAUUAGUUUAUAAGUUGGUACCUGGUUUGCAAGCAAGGGAAGAGGAAAGUCGAAGAGCAUUUGGAAUUUCUGAAAAAAAUGAUAGUGGCGAAAAACAAAUUUUGAAAAAAGAAGAAAAUAAUGAAGAAAAAGUUGAGCAUAAAUGUAAUGGUGAUAUAAUGAAAAAUCAUCAUCGAGGCGAUGAUCAAGUUGUGAUUGAACUUUGUCCUGAUAGUACAGACUUCCAACCUAUUGAAAUGCCAAUUGUAAGGCUUUCUGAAAUGGCAUCAAUCAGUACAGUAAAAAGAUAUUUGGCUCUGGCUUUAUUUGGUAAAAUGAAUCGAUAUAACGAGCUGGACAUUUUUUGUAAUAAUGAAUUAAUGGGUAGAGACUAUUCGAUGAAAUUUAUAGCAAUGACCCGGUGGCGCGAGAAAGCAAAGGAUGUACCCAUACAGCUUUUUUUUAGAAAACAUGUUGAUUAUUGA